AUGGGAAGCCAUAUGGUGGAGAAGGAAUCCCUCCACAAUGUGAAGAAUAUUGAAGCUGUGGUUCUUACCGAAAAGGGUACGUAUAAAUUUCAAGUCUUGGAGAUCGCGGCAAAGCUCAAGGAUUGGGAGACAAUUAAUGCUUUGGAAGUUUUGAAACCAAAUAGGAUAGUUAGACAAACGUUUAUAAUCAAAAGUUCAAAAAUGGUUUCUGAACGUGCAAGUUCAUCUUAA